CUAAAUUGAGAUGUGAUAAUUUGUUAUUUUAGUAUUUCAUUCUUAGCAACAAAAUAUAUACUUUGCAAUAAAUUACAAAGCAUAAUUUUGUUUUUACUUUUCAUUUACUGAAACAAUUAAAAUAUUCAAUGAGUUUAACAGCGGCUGAGAAAGAUAUCGUUAGGAAUACCUGGGCUCUGGUCAGAACGGAUGUCAAAGGAAAUGGAUCUGAUUUAUUCCUAAGACUAUUCGAUGAGAACCCCACAUACCAGGGCCUAUUCAAGGCGUUCAAGGAUGUGCCCAAAGCUGAACUCCGGGGUAAUAAGCGAUUCGUGGCUCACGUGACAAACGUUAUGUACAACCUAUCAAUGCUUGUGGACAACAUCGACGACACGGAUGUGUUGGUUGAGAUGUUGGCCAAAAUGGGAGACAAUCACAACAGACAUAAGACCACUCUUCAGAUGUUUGUGAACCUCAAGACCANGAUAUUAAAAGUCAUAUAA